CCCAGCUCGGGGGGAAGUGGGAAGAGAAGGUGUCAUUGGUGGUGCCUGGUAAACAAUAGCUGCUGUAGGCCGAGGCGGCUCACGCCUGUAAUCUCAGCACUUUGGGAGGCCAAGGCAGGAAGGUCACUUGAGCCCAGGAAUUCAAGACCAGCCAGGGUAUAAUGUAGUGAGACCCUGCCUCUACAAUUUUUUUUUUUUUAAUUAGCAAGGUGUAGUGGUGCAUGCCUGUGGUUCCAGCUACUCUGGAUGCUAAGCUGGGAAGAUCCCUUGGGCCCAGGAGGUUGAGGCUGCAGUGAGCCAUGAUUGUGCCACUGCACUCUAGCCAGGGUGUUAGAGCAAAAGCAAGACCCUAUUUCUAAUAAAAAAUAAGCAGGACAGAGGUGGUGUAAGCACAGAGAGAGGUGGGGGCAAGAAGAAAGAGACAGAUUGGGAUGAUGAGGAAGGAGAUUCGAGGUCGAGGUUAAUACCAGGGGGCAGAGCCUGAGUACCACCUCCUUCCCUUCUCCAGGACUGGGUCCCUUUCAGGUGGGACUACAUGAAAAGGGCUCUUCAGCAGCUGUGUUCACAGCAACUCAUUUCCCACAGGUCAGAGUUGGCAUUGCUCAAAUAUGGGCUUCAUUGCCAAGAAGUUUCACAAGUCUGCCAGGGGAAGUCCCUAGAAUCUCCUGGAUUUCUUGCUUCUUUCCUGUGGGACAGGCUUUCGAAAUCUCAGAGGAUAAAAGACCCAGGGAACAUGCAUCCCAGGAAAAGCUGGCUGAGAAUAUGGGAACAACCACCAUGAACCAGAAGUCUCUCUGGGCAGGUCUAGUGGUCUUGCUGCUUCUCCAGGGAGGAUCUGCCUACAGGCUGGUUUGCUACUUUACCAACUGGUCCCAGGACCGGCAGGAACCAGGAAGAUUCACCCCUAAGAACAUUGACCCCUUCCUGUGCUCUCACCUCAUCUACUCCUUCGCCAGCAUCGAGAACAACAAGGUUAUCAUCAAGGACAAGAGUGAAGUGAUGCUCUACCAGACUAUCAAUGGCCUCAAAACCAAGAAUCCCAAACUGAAAAUUCUCUUGUCCAUUGGAGGAUACCUGUUUGGUUCCAAAGGGUUCCACCCCAUGGUGGAUUCUUCUACAUCUCGUUUGGAAUUCAUUAACUCUGUAAUCCUGUUUCUGAGGAACCAUAACUUUGAUGGACUGGAUGUAAGCUGGAUCUACCCAGGUCAGAAAGACAACACUCAUUUCACUGUGCUGAUUCAUGAGUUAGCAGAAGCCUUUCAGAAGGACUUCACAAAAUCUACCAAGGAAAGGCUUCUCUUGACUGCAGGUGUUUCCGCAGGGAGGCAAAUGAUUGAUAACAGCUAUCAGAUUGAGAAACUGGCAAAAGAUCUGGAUUUCAUCAACGUCCUGUCCUUUGAUUUCCAUGGGUCUUGGGAAAAGCCCCUCAUCACUGGCCACAACAGCCCUCUGAGCAAGGGGUGGCGGGACAGAGGGCCGAGCUCCUACUACAAUGUGGAAUAUGCUGUGGGGUACUGGAUACGUAAGGGAAUGCCCUCAGAGAAGGUGGUCAUGGGCAUCCCCACGUAUGGGCGCUCCUUCACACUGGCCUCUGCAGAAACCACCGUGGGGGCCCCUGCCUCUGGCCCUGGAGCUGCUGGACCCAUCACAGAGUCUUCAGGCUUCCUGGCCUACUAUGAGAUCUGCCAGUUCCUGAAAGGAGCAAAAAUCACGAGGCUCCAGGAUCAGCAAGUUCCCUAUGCAGUCAAGGGGAACCAGUGGGUGGGCUAUGACGACGUGGAGAGUAUGGAGACCAAGGUUCAGUUCCUAAAGAAUUUAAACCUGGGAGGAGCCAUGAUCUGGUCUAUUGACAUGGAUGACUUCACCGGCAUAUCCUGCAACCAGGGUCCUUACCCUCUUGUCCAAGCAGUCAAGAGAAGCCUUGGCUCCCUAUGAAGGAUUAACUUACAGAGAAGCAGGCAAGGUAACCUUGCUGCCUGGGGCCUGUUCUCUCCCAGGAAUUCUCUUGAACUCCCGACCUCAGGUGACCCACCCGCCUUGGCCUCCAAAGUGCUUGGAUUACAGGCGUGAGCCACCGCGCCCAGCCUCUCCCAUAAAUUCUCACAUGGGAUUCCCCCUUGCCAGCUGGCCUUUGGAUCUCUCUUUCAAGCCUUCCUUGACUUCCUCUCAGAUCGCGGAUUGGGCCUGGCUUUGUUAUCCUGCAGCUAUUAACUUGUUGCCCUGAAGUACAAUUAAAAAGUUCAUCCAG